GCCAGUGAUUGUAAAGUUACGAUACAAGCAGUCAGUUUGUAACUACUAGUCGUCUAGUAGCGUUUUAGUUAGUACUUUGAAAUUUGAAACAUUAAUGUUCACAAUUUCGGUGUCAAACAAGUGAAGUGUGUGCAUGUUGUGAUGUGUUGUUUUGGUUGUUUGUGAUAAAAUGACUGUUACAUACACGGGACAAGUUCCUAACGGAAGUACUUUCGGUUGUUUUUGGAAAGUACUAGGAAUAUGGAGAGGCAGUGUAUACAAAUUAGUAUGGCGGGAGCUAGUGGCGUAUUUAUUUCUAUACUAUUCCAUCAGUUUUGUAUAUAGAUUUGGACUAAAUCAAGACCAAAAGAAGACGUUUGAAAGGAUACAACUGUACUUUAGUCAACAAACUGAAAUAAUACCAAUGUCGUUUGUAUUAGGUUUUUAUGUAACGUUGGUUGUGAAGAGGUGGUGGGAACAAUAUAGACUGUUGCCGUGGCCUGAUACUCUUGCUCUGUUUUUGAAUGCGGGCAUUCCGGGUGCGGAUGAAAGACAAAGACUGAUGAGAAGAAACAUAGUUAGAUACGCAGUUUUAGCUUAUGUAAUAACUCUCCAAAGGGUUUCUUUGCGAGUGAGAAAAAGGUUUCCAACUCAUCAACACAUAGUAGAUUCCGGUCUGAUGUUGGAAAGUGAAAAGAAAAUUUUCGAAUUAAUGGACACAAAAACACCGAUGUCAAAAUACUGGAUGCCUUUGGUGUGGGCAACGAAUCUUAUAAUAAGGGCACGAAAAGAAAAUCUGAUAAAUAGCGACCAAUUAGUCCAAACGAUUUUGAUGGAAUUAUCGGAAAUUCGACGACGUCUGGGCUCCUUGAUUGGAUAUGAUACGGUGUGUGUGCCCCUGGUUUAUACACAGGUUGUUUCUUUAGCGUUAUAUCUUUACUUCAUAGCAGCGUUGAUGGGCCGCCAAUUCGUUACAGUUGACCAGCCUGUAGUAAAAGGAACAAAGGAACAACACGACUUGUACUUCCCUUUCUUCACCGCCAUACAAUUUUGUUUUUACGUCGGAUGGCUGAAAGUGGCCGAAGUUUUGAUAAAUCCAUUCGGCGAAGACGACGACGAUAUUGAAUUGAAUUGGCUCAUUGACAGACAUAUCAAGGCUGCUUACAUGAUUGUCGAUGAAAUGCAUGAGGAGCAUCCCGAACUGCUCAAGGACCAGUACUGGGACGAGGUGGUGCCCAAAGAACUGCCAUACACAGUGGCGUCGGAACAUUACCGGAAAGAGGAACCCAAAGGGUCGGCUGAGAUGUACAAAAUCAAGACCACAGAUGGGCUCUAUGCCAAUUUAUUGGCACCAAAAAAGUCGCUCAUUCACGACGACAUGUAUGCCGAUUAUGAAAGUGUGGACACUCCAAUUGUGGAGAGAAGGAAAAGUUCCAAUUGGUUCACUCGUCAGAUUUCGAGGACUGGCAUGGGUUCGAUUAGAUCAGCCUCGACGGCUUAUUCCUCAGGGGGGUUGUUUGGACGACAUCGGGGGAAUUCGGUUUAUGCAAACCCCGAAAAUGGCCAAUUGCCAGGGGCAACACCCCCGCAAAAAAUGUCCAUCUAUGAUAGACUAGUGGGGCGAAGGUCGGGAAGGAAUCAGAAGAAACAAGGUUCGAAAUUCAGCGGCGCCGCCCCCAUGCAAGUCCGUAACCGCCCCCGCAUCCCCACUCCCGACGUGACAAAAGAAGUGGUGGACCGUGAAAACCGCAUCGCUGCUGCCAACGUCGCCAACAUCCAAAACCAGAUGUCGCACGGAAUCACCCUCAUGCCACACCUCCAAACCGCUUACCCCACCUACCCCAGCGGGGACGGCCCCGUGGUCCAGGUGGUCCUGUCCCCGAUCCAAGAACUCGACGGUUCCAAUUCGGUCAACAACACCCUCCACCCCCACCAACCGGGAACGGCCGCCCUAGCCCAGGCUGUUCUCUCCCCAGGUCUGGGGCCCGUGUUGACCACCACUCCCGUCAGCGUCCCCAUGACUGUCUCCCAGCUCACGAGUCUGGGGUUGACGUCGGUGCAUAACAGCCCUUUGAUGGCCAGGAGUGAUGAGGGGAAGAAGUCGAGUUUUAUUUCCGUUUUUGAGGGGGAGAAGUCGACGCCGACGUCGGCGGUGGUGACGGAAUUGGCCCCCGCGGAAGAGGAAAUGCAGUUGACGAGUCGGAGUAGUGAUGUGUCGGAGGCGUCGUCAAGRGGCUCGAAAGAGAGCAAGAAUUCGACGGCGACGGCCUCGAUGGGGGCUGUGGCGGAGACGUCGUUGACGCCGUCGAAUGACGGCUCCAGGAGUAGGAAGACGUCGGUGGUUUCGCAGAACAAUGUCAAUAAUUCGUCCAAAAGGGGCGAAGUUUAUGUGUAAAAGAGAAAUUUCCAUUUGAGGGAUCAGAAGACUAUGAUUUCUUUAUAAAGUUAACCAAAAUGUUGGAAUGAUAAGAAAAAUACUGAAACUCUGAAAAAAAACCUAAUUUUUUUCUUCACAUUUUCACAAAAUAUUAAACAAAUGAAAAUAAUGUAAGACACAAACAAAAAAUAAUACAGUAAUAGAAAGAAGCGUUUGUUGAGAAAUUUACAAAUUCUGUACAUUGAAAUUGUUCCCAAAAAUACCGAAAAACACUAAUAAAAGCAUWUAGAAAAAAUUGUAAUAAAACAAUUCAAAAUUAACAAUAAAUGGGAGGCUUUUUAAAGAUUUUAUUAAAAUUUUUCUUUGUCACAACUAAUAAAGAAACAGAAUACAAAUAAAUCACUUAACCAUUCACCUAAAAUGAUUGGUUUGCGAUUGCUUAACCUCAAAAGUAGGAAAAUUGACUUUGAUUUAGUGGAGUUGCAUAAACUAUUCCACUAAAUAUGGGUUAUUAGAGAUAGUCUUUUUGUGAUACAGUGCUAGUGUGAUAAGAAUGAGAAAUAUACAGGGUGUUUUCUUGCGAAAAAACUACACAUUUUACAUCGAAAAAUACACACACGCCACUGGUAGAAGUAAAAGGGUAGUAAUAGAACGAUAAGUAAUUAAUUUUGAUCAGUAUAAAAUGAUAAAUGAUCAGUACUUAACUAAUUUUUGCACAGAAAAUAAUUAAAAAUGAUCAGUAUAAUAUAUUUUGCACAGAAAAAUAAAAAUACUAAGU